AUGAGCCAGAUGGAAGUGAUGAAGAGAUUCAUGGUGAUGCAACCUCCAUCUUUCAAUAGAGAGCCUAGUGCGGAAGCAACUGAGCAUUGGUUGAGGAGGAUGAGAAGAAUUCUAGUGGGGCUGGACAUACUUAAGGAAAGAAGGGUAGGUCUGGCAGCAUACAUGCUUGUUGACAAAACUGAUUUCUGGUGGGAAUCAAUGAAAAGAGUGUAUGACACAAAGAUUAUGACCUGGGAGGAAUUUGAGAGAAUCUUCUUUGGCAAGUAUUUUGGAGAGGUGGUUAAGCAUGCCAAGAAUAUGGAGUUUGAGCACCUCAUCCAAGGAACCAUGUCAGUGUUGGAGUAUGAGUCACGCUUUUCGGAGUUGUCUAGAUUCGCUUUAGGGAUGAUCAGUGAGGAAAGAGAAAAUGCUAGGAGGUUCCGGCCUGUUAUUACGAAUAGAUUAGUCCCACUGGCAACAAGGGACUUCUGA